GGGUGGUAUCGAACUUUCUAUGAGAAAUUGCUGCUUUUUUCACUAAUGGCGCGUUACAACUUUCUUCUGUUGAUUUUAUUCGCAAGCUUCUUUUCUGCUCUUGUUCUUCUUGUUCGUGCUCAAGACCAAUCAGGUUUUGUCAGUAUAGAUUGUGGUAUACCUGAGGAUUCAAGCUAUAACGAUGAAACAACAGACAUAAAGUACAUUUCAGAUGCUGCAUUUGUCGAGUCAGGGACAAUUCAUAGCAUAGAUCCUGAGUUUCAGACAAGUUCUCUGGAGAAGCAGUUCCAAAACGUUAGGAGCUUUCCUGAAGACAAGAGAAACUGUUACGAUGUCCAGCCUCCAAUGGGAAAAGGCUUCAAGUAUUUGAUCAGAACACGUUUCAUGUACGGUAACUAUGAUAAUCUCGGAAAAGCACCAGAGUUCGAUCUAUAUCUUGGGGUCAAUCUAUGGGACUCCGUUAAAAUAGACAAUGCAACUACAAUAGUAACCAAAGAGAUCAUACAAACUCUUCGUUCAGACCAUGUUCAUGUGUGUCUUGUUGAUAAAGACAGAGGAACUCCAUUCUUGUCUGCGUUAGAACUCAGGCUCUUGAAGAGUGAUACAUACGAGACUCCUUAUGAUUCAUUGAUUCUGUUUAAAAGAUGGGAUCUUGGUGGGCUCGGUAAUCUUCCUGUCAGGUACAAAGAUGAUGUUUUUGACCGGAUAUGGAUACCUCUGAGGUUUCCAAAGUAUACAAUCUUUAAUGCAUCGCUCACGAUAGAUUCAAACAACAACAAUGGAUUCCAACCCGCUCGUUUUGUUAUGAACACUGCAACUUCACCUGAGGAUUCAAGCCAAGACAUAAUCCUUUAUUGGGAACCACAAGAUCCUACUUGGAAAUACUAUGUUUAUAUGCACUUUGCAGAAGUUGUGGAACUUCCAAGUAAUGAGACAAGAGAAUUCUCUGUUUUUCUAAACGAAAAGUCAAUCAACAUGACUGCCUUUAGCCCGCGCUACUUGUAUACAGACACACUUUACGUUCAGAACCCUGUGAGCGCUCCAAGACUCGAGUUUCUUCUUAGACGUACUGAUAGAUCCACGCUUCCACCAAUCAUUAACGCCAUUGAAACAUAUCGUAUCAAUGAGUUUCUUCAGUCACCUACUGAUCAACAAGAUGUUCAAGCAAUUAUGAUAAUCAAGUCUAACUAUGAAGUGAAGAAGAAUUGGCUUGGAGAUCCUUGUGCUCCCUAUCCUUGGAACAAUAUCAUCUGCAGCUACGUCGAUAACGAGUCUCCAAGAAUCGUUUCUGUGAAUUUAUCCUUCAGUGGCUUGACUGGUCAGAUUGAUCCAGCCUUCUCCAACCUUACCUCAUUACAGAGACUGGACUUAUCAAACAACAGUUUAACAGGAAAAGUACCCGAUUUCCUCGGAAAUCUACAUAAUUUGACGGAGUUAAACUUGGAAGGAAACAAGUUAAUGGGUGUUCUUCCGGUGAAACUACUGGAGAGAUCAAACAAUAAAUCGCUUUUGCUACGAGUUGGCGGGAAUCCAGACCUCUGUGUUUCUGCUUCAUGUCAAAGUACGAAUGAGAAGACAAAGAAGAAUGUAUACAUCAUUCCAUUAGUAGCAUCUGUCGCGGGAGUUCUAGGUCUUUUAAUAGCAAUAGCUUUGUUCUUGCUGUACAAGAAGAGACAUCGAAGCGGCGGCUCUAAUAGUAUUAGGAAUGGGCCAUUGGACACAACAAAAAGAUACUACAAAUACUCAGAAGUUGUGAAAGUCACAAACAACUUUGAAAGAGUUCUUGGGCAAGGAGGCUUUGGAAAAGUAUACCAUGGUGUCUUAAAUGACGACCAAGUUGCUGUCAAGAUUCUGUCUGAAUCAUCGGCUCAAGGUUACAAAGAGUUCAAAGCAGAGGUCGAACUUCUCCUGAGAGUUCAUCACAAGAACCUAACCGCGCUUAUCGGAUACUGCAACGAAGACAAGAAGAUGGCGCUUAUCUACGAGUUUAUGGCUAAUGGAACCUUGGGAGAUUAUUUGUCAGGGAAAAAAUCUUAUGUCUUGAGCUGGGAAGAGAGGCUACAAAUCUCAUUAGAUGCGGCACAAGGGCUUGAGUAUCUUCACAAUGGUUGCAAGCCUCCCAUUGUACAAAGAGAUGUGAAGCCGGCUAAUAUACUAAUCAACGAGAAGCUACAGGCCAAGAUUGCUGAUUUUGGGUUAUCAAGAAGCGUUGCAUUGGAGGGAACUAACCAGGAUUCAACAGCCGUAGCUGGAACUAUUGGUUAUCUUGACCCUGAGUAUCACUCGACACAGAAACUAAGCGAGAAGAGUGAUGUUUACAGCUUCGGGGUGGUUCUUUUAGAGGUUGUCACGGGCCAACCGGUGAUUUCACGUUCAACAACAACCGUAGAGAACAGACACAUAACGGACCGGGUUGAGUUGCUUCUGUCCACAGGAGAUAUCAGAGGCAUUUUGGAUCCAAAGCUAGGAGAGAGGUUUGAUGCUGGUUCGGCAUGGAAGAUCACUGAAUUAGCAAUGGCUUGUGCGUCUCGUAGCUCUAGAAACAGACCGACGAUGAGUCAGGUAGUGUCUGAGCUAAAGGAGAGUGUAAGCUUAGCAAGAGCCGGUGGUGGUUCUGGUGACAGUAGGGUUACAGAGCCGGCGAUGACGACUUUUAACUCGGGAAUGUUUCCUCAGGCGAGGUAG